AUGUAAAAGUUUCAUCUAUAUAGGACAGAAACAUGAUCAGUCACCGACAAAUUAAAGACUUAUUAGAAGCAUCGUCAACAGUAGCCAUCACAUGCCCUUGCUCUCUAUGAUCACUGUCUCAACAACACCGCUGUCACUCCUCACCGUACUCAGUUUCUGUACUUUACAGGACGUGAAAAAACGCGCUUUUAUUUUUAAAUUUUUCAAUAUUCUCUUUAUAAGAUAACGUUAAUGAAUCUUCAUUCGGAAUAUAAUCACCGACAACCGCGUCCAUAACUCUAUAAAACACAAGCUUCCUCUUCAAGAAUUUCAAUAUCUAGUUAUCUAGCUAUCUUUUGUUUGUCAUCGAGGAAUUUAUUCAGCAAAAAUAUUCCAACUUUUGGUGUUUGUUUAGAGAGAAAAAUUAAGCCUGUUGAAAUGGGUCCCGUAGUUGUUCCUUCUGUGUUGCUUUGGCACCUUUUCUUCUUCGUGAGUGUUAUGUUUGAGGGCAUUAAUUGUCAAGCCAGUCGUUGGCUUAAUGCUCAUGCAACUUUCUAUGGAGCCAACCAGAGCCCCUCCACUCUUGGGGGAGCUUGUGGUUAUGAUAAUACCAUCCACGCCGGCUUCGGAAUCAACACAGCAGCCGUGAGUGGUGCACUUUACAGAGGCGGGGAGGCGUGCGGUGCUUGCUACCAUCUAAUGUGCGACUUCAAGGCCGAUCCAAAGUGGUGCCUGCGCCGUGCGACGGUGACCAUAACAACCACCAACUUCUGCCCUCCGAAUAACAACGGCGGAUGGUGCGAUCCCCCUCGCCAACACUUUGACAUGUCCAUGCCUGCUUUCUUGCGCAUUGCUCGACAAGGCAAUGAAGGCAUCGUCCCUGUCCUCUAUCGAAGGGUGGCAUGCAGGAGGAGAGGGGGAGUCCACUUCACAUUGAGAGGGCAAUCAAACUUCAACUUGGUGAUGGUUUCAAACGUGGGUGGUAGCGGCGACGUGAAGGCUGCAUGGGUUCGAGGGUCAAGGUCAAGAACGUGGGUGGCCAUGCAGAGAAACUGGGGAGCAAACUGGUCAACAAGCGUCGAUCUUCGAAACCAAAAACUCUCUUUUAAAAUCACUUUGGUCGAUCGAAGAACACUUCAGUUCUUCAAUGUCGUGCCUUCGUCUUGGAGAUUUGGCCAGACAUAUUCUUCCAAAAAUCAGUUCUCCAAUUAACAUUUUUAUAGAUAGAGUAAUUAAUUAGUUUAAUCAGCAUGUCCAUGAACUGGCUGUUUUUUUAUUUAUAGUUCUGGACAUAAU